CCUGACGUCGCUCUCUCCCAUUGGCCCCACCGGCAACAUGCGCUCCGCUCCUCUCGUAUAAAGGCGCCCCUGGGCUCCCCGGUCGCCCCGACUCCAGCCCUCCUUCGCCUCCUGCUUCUCUUCUCACUCGUCCGAGGCACCCACCACCAUGGCCAACGCAGAGGCAUUCCUGGGCAAAUGGCGACUCAUUUCCAGCGAUAACUUUGAGGAGUACAUGAAAGACCUGGGUGUGAGUAUGCCCAUGAGGAAGCUAGGAGCAAUGGCUAAGCCAGACGUUAUCAUCACCAAGGAUGGCGAUACGUUCACAGUGAAAACAGAAAGCACUUUCAAGACAUCGGAAUUCAGCUUCAAACUGGGGGAGAAGUUUACCGAGGACACGAUAGAUGGCCGGAAAACUCAGACCCUUAUCACAUUAGAUGAUAACAAUGUAUUGACACAGAAGCAGCAGUGGGAUGGCAAAGAGACCACGAUAACAAGAAAGAUAGAGGAUGGGAAACUGGUUGUGGAAUGUGUCAUUAAUAAUGUCAAAUGUACCCGGGUGUACCAGAAAGUAUGAAGACACGGGCUUCCAUCUGGAAAUUGGGAGCUAAUGAUAUACAGUUCAGUUCCAGGAACAAACUAGACAACACUCUACAUUUCCCAUCUCUUCUUUCCCCUUCACCUUAUUUUUCAAAUAUUUUUGGAGGAAUCAGUACUGUAUACAAUUAAAUUUUGAGUCUUUGAUGUAACUACUAAAAACUAUUAAAUGUGAGAAUUUCAAGUACAAA